AUGGCCGGCGUCAAAGAGCUUGAGCGCCUCUCUGUGCCUGCUUCCCUGGGCACCGGUUUUUCUCCUUCCGCUCCCUCCCCCUCACCCCUGACAGCCUCUUCCUCUGCCACCGACUCUGGGAGCAACACACACUCUCGCUAUAGCAGUAACAACAGCAACAACCGCCUCUCUGUCCUCUCACACUCAGCCUCAGUCCGUUCAUCCAUCGCCUCUCAACGCAGUGCAACCUCCAUCAAAAGUCAUGUCUCUACUUUCCAGAAUGUCCGAUUCGACCCCGAUCCCAUCAAGGACAUCUCAUUCUGGGGUGGUUUGGCUCUGCUCAUUUCCAACAUGACUGGACCUGGUCUGGUGACACUACCCAUCGUCGCCCAAUCGGCGGGCUGGUUGCCAACCCUUGUCGCGUUCGGCGUUGUCAGUCUCCUCAGCUCGCUCAGCAGUCUUUUUAUCUGCGAGGCCAUGACCCAGGUGCCAGGAAACGAACACUUUCAGUCAAACGUCGAGUUCAAUAACUUGGUCGAGUGCUUCUUUGGCCGACGCUAUCACCUCCUCGUCCAGAUCAUCUGCUUUCUCGCUAUGCAGACCACCAACAUCGCUUCCAUCGCCAUCUCGGCCCAGCUCUUCGACAACCUCCUUAUCCAAAUCUUCCACCGCACAUGCGGCAUCCAAAUCAUCCCACACGCCGCCUUUGUCUGCGUGACCGAGCAAUUGGCCUCUGCCAGUCCGUUCUCGGGCGUCAUGAUCAUGACUGCAGGUGUUCUCCUCGCCCUCUCAAUGAUCCUACCCCUCGCUCUCCUUAAGCUGAGCGAAAACAUUUGGCUGCAGCUCGCUUCCUUCAUCCUUAUUCUCCUCAUCGUCACUCAGUGGAUCGUCACCUUUUUCAUUCACGGCCUCGACACUGCCUUGGUCCCCGUCAUUGGCGACGAUAUUUCCCAGACCUUUGGAACCAUCCUCUUCAAUUACGCCUUCAUUACAACAAUACCCUCCUGGGCUAACGCCAAACAACCCAAUGUCUCGAUACACAAGACGGUCGGCUGGAGCGUGACCAUCACAACCAUCAUCUACAUCCUUGUGGCCAUCCUCGGAGGAAUGGCCUUCCAGAUCCCAAACAACUCGAGUUUGAUCCAAGCUAUUAGCUCCUCGCCCGAUGUCACCAUCCUCUCUCAGAUCACUGGAUACACUUUCCCCAUCGCUGCCCUGAUCACAUCGAUCCCUAUCAACAUUAUCGUUAUUCGCUACAACCUCAUCCAGUCUGGCGCGUGCAGCUACGUGUGGUCCAACAUUCUCGCGGGAGUUCUUCCUUGGCUUGUAGCCAUUCCUUGUAUGACAGGGGCAGGACUUACAACCAUCAUCAACUGGAGCUCUCUCUUCCUCGUUUCUACCGCCAACUUUAUCAUCCCUUUCAUCUUGUACAUCUACUCCAAACGGCAUCGGGAAAAACUCAACAAACUGCCGAUUAUCGAGAUGGAGCAGCAAGCACGGCUCUCGCGGGAGUUGUCAAGGAGCUCAAUCUCUGGGCAUUCAAGGCGCAACGUCAGUGUGUCCGGAUCUAUUCGAAGGCGUUUUACAGGAUCGAGCCUUCAAUCCGGAACGCAGCCUCAACUUGACCUGGCAAUCGGCCCAACCACAGGAAUCGCCGCGGCUACCAUCAUUCCUUUGUCUGUCGGGAUUGGUGGCAGUGGUGUCAUUCACCACAGCGUCUCGGAGGAGAACCUGAAUGGCGAGUCAACGCGGCAUGGAUCUCGGCGUCGAUAUCACAGUCACCAGAAUAUGGGAUUUGGACCGAGCAGCGCCAACGACAUUGGAGAGGUUGUCAGCGGGCCAUACUUUUCGUUCUAUCGAGACGGCGAAGUUUUUGAGCGUGAAUCAUCCUCGGGACACAUCCUCGAACCAUCCAACCCCCGAUCGCAGUCGGCAUCCAGCAUGCAUCGACCAUCAGGAUCGACCGUCAUUCUUCACGAUCCAGGAACUGAGCGAGCGCAGCGGAAGGUCCUACCUCGGCGUGUUUCACAUAAGGACAAGAUUCUCUCCAUGAUCUCUGACAGGCACAAACGGGCAGUGGAGAAGCAGACAAAGAUGAUUCAGGACGAGCAGAGCAUCAAGCCGGUGCCACCUAUGAUUCUUCUCAGUCAGAGUACCGCACCUGAGCCAGAGGACGACGACCAAUCUUCCUCCAUCGACCUUGGGCUCUACUCGCUAGAGAACGAGUCCUAUGAGUCCGAAAAAUACAGCGAAAGGGAUUACACAGGCGAAGCCAAUGAUAUAUCGGAAGCCAACAGCAACUUGUCGGCAGCGCUUAAGAAACUGAACAGGAAGAGUUCCAUCAUAACAGCAAAUCAGCAACCCACUGGCCGCUCAACACUCACACUACCACCUUUAUCGCCACCCAUCCGACUCACACCGCCAAUGAUGGAGAUCCGAAGCGACUCGAGGCCAAUCAUCCAACUUCUCGAGAGGUCUGAGCAGCAUACAUUGGAGCCAUCACCAACAUUCAGUCCGCCAAGAUCACCGUCAAGUCCGCGUUCAGCCCUCAGACUUUCGCCAUCCAGUUCUCCAGGACGGUACAGCCCAAGAGGCGGUCAGGAAGCACCAAUGUCAAGGCGCACUUCUUCGCCUGGUUUUGGAAGCAACAAGGAACCAGACGUGACUUUCACGGAUACGACUCGACUGAACCCUGGAGCUGGAUCGACUUCAUCAAGCGGAGGACUUGCCUCGGCGUUCAACCUGCAGCUUCACCACUCUCCAUCUCCAUCGACCCCAGAUUCAUCAGGGAGCGUUCAUUCUCUGGAAAGGCGGGUGUCAUUCUCAGACGAGUCAAGAACAGUCGUUUCUCCAACGGAACUCCAGAGGAAGGCGUCGUUUGGCGAUGAAUCAAGACGCUCUGGCAGGACCUUGGUAUCAACUUUCUUAGGCGGAUCAGGACGUUCCGGUACGGGCCCGGGUACUAGUCCGGGAUCUAGGGACGCGAGGGUUCCCUUUCAUGACUGGAAGGCGCCUCUUUUGGAAAACCACGAGGAAAUCGACGAAAACGAACGGGAGGACGAGAUCGAUCUUCGUGACGAGACUCUAGGACCUGAGUUGUCCCUGGCCAAGACGGAGCAGAGCCAGACGCCUAGUUCAGGAUCAACACCUGGAUCAGGAUCGGACUCUGAUGGGCAGAGGAGCGAGGCAAGGCGAGGGUCGUUAGGUCGAAUGGCAGCUGCGUUUGUCGCACAACCGGGAGCAUUUUCCAUCCUGACUGCACCUAUAGGGUCAUCCUUGGUCUCUGGCAAGGCGGGCGAGGAAAGACACGCAACGAGUGUUCAAGUACCAACAUUGACGAUUACAACCCAGGACACUGUUGAUCGGUCACUGGGAUUGAAGCCCACUCAAGGAGGGGCAAAGCACAAUGUUUCGGCGCCAUCACUCUCUCCUUCAAGACCACCAACAUCCUUGUCCGGACAGGCAGCUGGAAAACGAUCACAUGGAAGGACUGUGUCGGCUUCGGCGGAAAUACUAGAUCGGUCGCCUAGGUCUCAACGGUCCGCAUUCAGGACUCAGUCGACCCAGUCCCUCAAGGAGAUUCACCAAAAGCAGGACCGACUCGCUGCACCAGAAUCUGCCAACAGUCUGUCGAUCCACCUUACUCCUCCUUCGCCUUCGCUCCUUCCGAAUGCACAAUUCGAGGCAACAAAUCCACAUUCUGAUGAAGCCCGGGAUAGCGUGACACCUUUAGCUUCUCCAGCGGGACAAUCAUCACCCCAACCAUCACCCCAACCACGGUCUCCACUCCACCACCGAAAUAGCUUCAAUGGCAGGAACAGCCACCGUCAUAGUGUCACGGCUCCAUUCCAAGGCGGCAACAAUUAUUCGAUUCCUAGAUUCAACCCUCAUCCUCAGACGAGUCCACAGCACCCACCAAGUCCUGGAAGCAACAGUGUUCUUGACCAGGCACCCACCUCAGCGCAAGGGUUAGGCUCGUCAUGGUUCAGUCGCCGGCCUCAUUCCCGAAACCCGAGUCGAUCGACCAUGGCCAGCUUCGGGAUGCCCCAUUCUGCAAGCUCGAUCCCGCCUUCGCCUUUACCAACACCAUCGGAACUGACAACAACAGGGGGACUAGGUGUCGGUCUGGGAGCUAGCGGAGUUGCAGGUGCUGAAAAACGGUCAGAGGACCACUAUUUUCCUGAUUCGACGACGAUGGGGUCGUUGACCAUUGCAGCACACAACGCCACAGCAAUGGGUACGACGAGUACCGGCACGACUGUUGCAGACGCUUCAGCAGUGGCCGAGUUCGAGAGGGCUGAGGGACGACUGCACGAGUCCAAUUUUCACCUUCCGCUGUACUCUAUCGGAUUCGAUGCUCGGUGGAGUCUUCACGCCAUCCCUGAUUGGUUCCCCCUGUCGAGUACUAAGGUUGCAUGGAGCUCGUUGACGAUCCUGGUGUUGGCUAUUGGAUCGACGAUUGUGUACGAUUUUAUCCAACUUGCGCAUGGCAAUGAUCUCGUAGGUGGAUCUUAG